UGUAUAUGUAGGAGUUGAGUUUGUGACGAGGUUGUUAGCUGGCAAGAGGAGGAUCAAAAUCAAUUUAUAUUAUAUCGUCGUUUCUGAGGGACGACAGAGAGUUUUUGGGUUUGAGAAGGUGAAGAAGUGAAGGCCAAGAUCGGAUCAGCAAUGGGGAGAUAUUCUUCAUCUUCUUCUCCUCUCAUCUUCCGAAUCAUUCUUCUCUUUCUCACCGUCUCGGAUUCAUCUCUCGGCGUGGUCGGCCUCGGAGUCGGCAUAAACUACGGGCAAAUAGCAAACAACCUGCCGUCGCCGUCGCGCGUUGCCUUCCUCCUCCGCUCCCUCAACGUCAGCCGCAUCAAGCUCUAUGAUGCCGACCCGAACGUCCUCACCGCCUUUUCGAACGCCGGCGUCUCAUUCAUCGUCAGUAUCGGCAACGAGAACCUCCAGAACAUGAGGGACCCCCUCAAGGCUCAGAAUUGGAUCACCCAACACCUCUCUCCACACCUCCCCCAGACCAAAAUCACCUCCAUAGUCGUCGGAAACGAGGUCUUCAGCUCCAACGACACUCAACUCAUGUCGUUUCUCCUUCCCGCCAUGCAAACCGUCCACAGCACUCUCGUUAACCUCGGACUCGACAAGCAAGUAGCGGUCACAACGGCUCAUUCUCUCACAAUUUUGUCAAACUCUUACCCGCCUUCUUCGGGCACUUUCCGGCAAGAUUUCGCCCAGUAUCUUCAGCCAUUGUUGAACUUCCAUGCUCAGAUCAAGUCCCCUUUUCUGAUCAAUGCUUAUCCGUAUUUCGCAUACAAGGAUAAUCCCAAUGAAGUUCCAUUGGAGUAUGUCCUGUUUCAGCCUAAUCAGGGCAUGACCGACCCGAAUACUAAUUUGCAUUACGACAACAUGUUGUACGCUCAGCUUGACGCCGUAUACUCGGCGAUUCGGGCGAUGGGGCACAACGACAUCGAGGUGAGGAUAUCGGAGACGGGAUGGCCGUCGAUGGGGGACUCGAAUGAGGCCGGGGCGACGCCGGAGAAUGCGGGGCUCUACAAUGGGAAUUUGCUUAGGAGGAUUGAGCAGAGGCAGGGGACUCCGGCGAGGCCUUCGGUUCCGGUUGACAUUUAUGUUUUCGCGCUUUUUAAUGAGAAUUUGAAGCCGGGGCCGGCGUCGGAGAGGAAUUACGGGCUGUACUAUCCCGAUGGGAAUCCGGUUUACGAUAUCGGAUUGCAGGGGUAUCUGCCGGAGCUGGCUUUGGUCACGGAUUCGGCUUCUGUGAUGAAUGUAAGUUUUAGUAAGGCUUUGUCCAUCUUCAAGUUUUUGAUCCUUCUUAUCACAUACUUAAUAUGUGCUUAAGCCACUUGUUAGCUGACGGAAGAGACCAGUCAAAGGCAUAUAUCUAGUUUAAAUGCAGAAAGUGGUCUUACAGGGAGAUAGCCGUACCUUAGCUGUUAUAUCCCCGCCAUAAUUGUUACAAAGAGCUUCAAUUCUUUCAGCAGUGGCCAUAUUGGAGAUUCAAGAUUUGCUUCUUUUUUUGUGAGACAAUAAUCACCAAUAUCCAUUUGCUAACAUAUUUUAGAAGGGCCUAACCUCAAUGGAUGAUUGAUAUACGAAGCAAAACAAAGAAAGUAAAAACAAAAAAAACAAAAAAAUUCAAGCAAUAAGGUAGAAGGAUAGAAACUAGUUAAUUCUUUGACAUAAAUCUAGGCAUUGUUUAUGUCACCGAUUCGAGUUUUCAAUUUUAAGUUUCUACAGUUUAAAAACUCUCAGAAAAU